GAGGAAAGACGAGGAGGAGGAGGAGGAGGAGCAGGAGGAGAAGCACGCCAAGGUCACGCUCCCGACCGUCUCCAAUUAAACACCAUUCAUGACGCCGAGGACGCCGAGAAUGCCAAGCAACAAGGCCAAGGGAAAUGACUACCGUUCCAGGGUCUCUGGUCUGGGAGCUCGUGAAGAAGAACAACUACUUCUUGAUAAAACAGUUCGGCAACAACAAUGCCAAGGUGCGGUUCAGCAAGGAGCCCAACAACCUCUACAAUGUCCACUCCUGCAAGUUCUCGAGCUUGGCGAACAGCAAGACCGUGGCGGUCCAGCCAUCAGCGGGAGAGGACAAGGCUGUUGUCCUGUCCACGACCAAGACCAAGAAGCAGAACACCCCUGCCAAGCUCCAGCACAAGACUCUGAUGCACAAGGAGUUCCGCAAGAUGGCGAAAUCUGUCAAGAAUCAGGAAAUGGACUGAUUCCUUUGAAACUCCUAUGUUGUAAAUAGUCCCUUACUCCACUCA